UCUAAGAAGAAUGGGGUUUCCAUCAGUGAUGCUUCUCAUGUGUCUGGUUGUUGGGCUGUCCACCUGCCGGGCAGAAGGCGAGGACAAUCAGAUUCAGGUCACUGAGACCACAGAGGGAGAGCAGGAGAAUCAUCUGACAGAGACGGUGGCAGAGGACACAGAAACCCUCGAUCAAGAUGUUCAGACAGCACCGGUGGAGGCAUCCGACACGGGAUCCCCAGAGAAAGCCUGUGACCCAAACAUCUACAUGGUCCUGAAGGAGCUGGGAGCUCUGCAAGAGAGGCAGGAAGCCACUGCGAGGGCCCUGGAGGAAACCAACAGGAAGCUGGAAGCCAGCGAGAAGAAGGUCGACGUCCUUAACAGCACGCUGACGGAGAUGAGGAGGACUUAUGAAGAACAACACCAGGUUGCAUUUUCUGCAGCGAUGCCAAAAGAGGGGACCAUCGGUCCCGUGAAUGUUCUGUACCCUCUGGUAUACAAACACGUUCUGUCCAACAUUGGAGGCCAUUACAGCCCAGUGACAGGAUACUUUACGGCACCCGUGAGAGGAGUUUAUUACUUUUCUUUUUCCUCAUUUUGUUGGGCGGGUGAUGGAACCUCUGGCGGAAGUCUUUACCGAAACGAAAACAGAGUUGUGUCAUGGUACGGUUACAGUAAGACUGACCCAAUCUCUGGCUCUAACAGCGCCAUCUUGCUGCUGCAAGCAGGAGACAUGGUCAACGUCCGGCUCUGGGACGGGAGGAAAAUAAGUGAUAAUGGAAACAGGUACUCCACAUUCAGUGGAUUCUUAUUGUCACCAAUGUAAACACAAAGAAAACAGAAAUGGCUUUUUGUGUGGAAAUUGUAAAUAUGUUUUCUACUUUCUAGUGUAAUAUCAUGUCCUUAUACAUUUUUAGCCGACAAUACACCUUUGUAAUACAUGUAUUAUCCAAUUAAAUAGACAUUCAUCAUUUGAAAAUAAAGUUUGAAGCUUAAUUUCUCAUUGUCCAGUUUCUAAUUUAAUGUGCGUCAUCUUAAAUAGUAGAGAAAUGAAAUGAGAUUGUGAAACUUUUAAUUACACAACGAUCUAUUUUCCAUAUCAACAUUCUUUAAAAAUAAAGGACAUUUGCAUGUCACCUUAAACAGAAAACGGUGUGUGUGUUUUGUGAUAAGUUAAUGACUCAACAAGUACAUUGAGGUUUGAAUGUUUAAUUAGUACAGAAAAGUGAGAACUUUACUGUACAUUACAGUGAUAAAGAGUUAAUAAAAUUAUGUAUAUAAAUUAUUGCUUUUGAGUCAAUGUAGUUAAAUACAGACUUGGUUCAAAAUCAUUAAAGUUCCAGUGCUAGAUGUACAUGACCUUAAUCAUGAUUUAACUGGUAAUCAGACAAAUAUUUAUAUUUCCUAAUUUCCAACACUUUGUGUUACACUGACUUUACUGUGAAACUAAAAUUGCCCAAGAAAAACCAACAAAGAUCGUGUUCCACACACACAUUAUAUAUAUAUCUAUAUAUAGAUAUAUAUAUAUAAAUUUCAAUUAAAGACAUUGUAAACACAUACUGUGUUGCUUAAACUUGUCCUGUUUACUAACUUUUCUUGUAAGUGCAAUCAUUACUUUGGAGAAAGAAAAACCCACGCAUGUGGAGGACUCCAUUUUGACUAUCAGCUCCCAUAUAUACAAUAACAAUUAUAACUGUGAUAGAUCAGUAGUUCUUUAACUAUGUCCUAAAAUACAGUGGGCAUUUAAACUGCCAUUAUAUCAAAUUUACAAAGAAUCAUCAGGAAAAUUAGAGGGUUAAAAAAAGAAAUGAGCAGAGUUUUCUCUGACAGUAGCAUUUAGCUUUAGCUAAUUACAUUUAAUUAACUAAAAACAUUAACAGAUUAAUGACUUUAUGAAGCUAAAAAUGAUUCAACACUUUCUUUUUUUUUUUUUUUAAAUGUGGAAUUCAUCAAUUUCUCCAACAACUUUUUAAGAUGAAACUUUUUUCUGCUGGUGUACUCUGUCAUUACAGAUAGAUCCUUUAAUUAA